AUGUGGAGUUCUAAAGCAAAGCUAGCUCGAAUCAUUCCAACAAAGUCUGCUUCAGUUGCAAGAUUUUGUUUAAAUCGCUCUUUCUUGACUGGUGCAAGCGAUCGCAGUAAGUUUCUCUUCACUUCAGAGUCAGUUUGCCCGGGACAUGCAGAUAAAAUGUGUGAUCAGAUUUCUGAUGCGAUUUUAGAUGCUCAUUUGGAACAAGAUCCGACGGCGAAAGUCGCUUGCGAAACUGCUUCAAAAACUGGCAUGAUUAUGGCUUUUGGCGAGAUUACAUCUGGAGCGAAGGUUGACUAUCAAAGUGUUAUCCGAAAUACCAUAAAGGAAAUUGGAUAUAAUGACUCUUCUAAAGGCUUCGAUUACAAAACAUGCAGCGUUUUGCUUUCCAUCGAAGAGCAAGUUGGGGAAAUCGCAAGAGUUGUGCACUUGGAUAAGAAGGAUUUGGACAUAGGCGCUGGAGAUCAGGGCUUGAUGUUCGGAUAUGCAACGAAUGAAACCGAGGAACUUAUGCCUUUAACAACUGUUCUAUCACACAAACUGGUGCAAAGACUAGUAGAGUGUCGCAGAGACGGAACUUUGCCUUGGCUCAGACCUGAUGGUAAGACACAGGUUACUGUGGAAUACAGUAUGAAAGAUGGUGCUUGCAUGCCUCAAAGAGUGCACACUGUUUUGAUUUCAAGUCAACAUGCACAUGGAAUGUCUGCAGAAGAAAUCCGGCAUUAUUUGAAAGAGACAAUUGUCAAAAGUGUAAUCCCAGAAAAAUACCUUGAUGAGCAAACAGUCUAUCAUCUGUUACCUGCAGGGCAGUUUCUCUUCGGUGGUCCAAUGGCUGAUGGUGGCCUGACAGGGCGCAAAAUUAUUGUUGACACUUAUGGGGGGUGGGGAGCUCAUGGGGGUGGGGCAUUUUCAGGUAAAGAUGCAACAAAGGUGGACAGGUCAGGAAGUUAUGCCUGUAGGUGGAUUGCAAAGUCAUUGGUUGCAGCAAAGCUUUGUAAGCGUGCAUUAGUACAAGUAUCUUACUCAAUUGGUAUUCCAGAGCCUUUGUCAGUGUCUGUUUUUAGCUAUGGAAGUAGUGAAAUGUCAGAUGAUGAGCUUUUGCGAAUCAUCCAAAAGAAUUUUGAUCUAAGGCCAGGUGCAAUCAUUAGGGAUCUAGACCUGCGCAAACCCAUUUUCAAGGCAACAAGUGUUUAUGGUCAUUUUAAGCCAGGUUUCACUUGGGAAAUUCCAAAGAAAUUAGAGUUUUGAACUAGACCUUGAAAAAAAAAUUAGCAAAAUGUGAAGAAAAGAUGAUGAUAGUCAUAAGCAAAUUUGCAAAACAUUGGUUUGGGUCAAUAUAGUUUUAUCCAUUCACAAGACAUAUUUUUACCAGCAUUAUGUGAUUAUUGUUAAUAAUAGCAGAUCAUAAUCUUCUUUUGAGAGAAAGAAAGUUAAUUAGUGUAGUGUUAAGAACACAAUGUUUCCCUCAACCCUUUAACUCCCAAGAUCUAAUAGUUAAUUCUCCCCUCUAGUUGCUACACAUUUAUUAGUAGAUUAGUUAUGAGAAUUUGGUGUUAGAUCAAGAUGACGGUGUCUACCUGAUAAGUGUUAGUAUUCUCUUUACCUUUUUGCUGGAAGAUGUAUCAAUAUUAUGGGGAGAAGUUACAUGUUAAUCACUUCUGGGAGUUAAAUGGUUAAACACUCUAUAGUUGAAGGAGGUGCAUAGGAGAUAAAAUGGUUCUGUGGAAAGCAUCCAUACCCAAUUAAAAGUGUUCUCUAUUUUAUCAUAAAUUACAAUUUGUAUCAGUUCAGUUUAUCACAAUUUUUUUUCACAAGAAUGUGUAGCACUAUUCCUUAAGUUAGUCUUUCUUUUGUUUUUAUUUGAUUUUCUUUCAUAUAUAACCUUUCCCCUUACUCAGGGAAUUUAUCUCUUUAUCUCUCAUCUAUGAAAAUAUACAUCUUGUAAUUACAUGGUUUCUGAAUUUUUACUUUGAUAUUAACUUACUGUGAGCAUUUGAAAUGAAGUCAAACCAUGCACAAAGUGCACUCACUUAAUAUGGAAAAAUGUAUUAAUAAUAGUCCAAGAGUCUUAAAAUUUGUUUUAUUUUUUACUGUAGUUCCAUGACCAAAUCACAGAUGUAUUUAGAGAUGUUAUUUCAAAGAUGUCCUUAUUGAAAUAAAAUAUUUUAAGUACCCAUUGAGUGUUAAGUGAUUUUAGUGCAAUUAAUUUUGUAACAUCAAGGAGGGUAGACCAGGUCACCCUAAAUCUAAUGUAUGCACCAUUAUUCUUUAAUUACCUGAAGGCCUAAUCACAUCACAAUAAAACUGAUGUGAAAUCUGUAUGUCUGGGGUUUAAUUCCUUGGGGAGGACUUAGAUUUUUCUCAUCUCUCCAUGCUCAUUACAAGACAAAUAAUCUUCUUGUUUUUGAGUUUUUUAAUCAUCUUUUAUUUGCCUUAUUUACACAAUACAAAAAAUUUAUUUACAGCAGCUAUAGCUAGAAGGCGAGGAGAUCCAGGUAGCCACUGGGCUUAUGGGAGAGCCACCUCACUUAUAUUAAUAAAUAAAGUAAAGAAAAAGUGCUGUGAAUGUGCGGCUAGGCCAAUUCAGUGAUUAUUUAAGUAAAAGCUCUUGCAUUUUUGUCUUAAAGCUAAGAAGGUUUGACAAAUGAGUGACUGAAACAGGAAGAGAGUUCCAAAUUUUAGGAUCUUGGUAGAGAAUUGUAAAUUGCUUGAGAUUUGUAUGGCAUAAAUGCGUUCAAUAAUUACUGGCUGUUCUGGUACCAUAGUUGUGAAUUUGGCUAUUUGUUACAAAAAGAUUGAGAAGCAAUGGAGGCAAUAAGUUAUUUCUAUGAUAAAACAUGAAUUUGGCAAUUUCAAAUUUAUUGACUUGGAAAAUAUCUAAAAUUCCUAGUUUGGAGAAUACUAGGGGCAGGUUAUAAACUUUGCUGACCUAGUGGAAAAUUGACCUUGUUUUGAAAGAUGGGAUCAUCAGAGUGGUCUUAGUGAAUACUCAAUGCUUGAUUGGUAUUUUAGAGCUGAAACUGUUCAGAACUAUUGGAUAAUGUUUUUUUUUUCCAUGAAAAGAUUGUGGAAUUAUAUAAGGAGGAACUUGAUAUAGAAUAUAACUUUGCCUUGAGAAGGGAAAUUUAUCACAGAACAACAUCUGCUUUUUCCCACCUGCUUGGGAAAAAGCCUAUGUGGUGAAACUAAUUAUUUUUAGUGACGGAACUCUAUGUUGUCAAUCCUGUUACAAGGUGAUCUUGCGUUACCGUAUCAAUUACUUUUUGAACCACCCUCCAAUAUUUUACAUUUCCGGUCAGCAGUCAAACAUGUCACGCAUGCCUACUUGCGUGAUAUCUGUUAUGACCUUGGAACAAAGUAUAAGUGAAGUCAUCAUUUCCUGACAGAGAAUCGACGAAAUUAGUAUUAUGGUUCCCUGUUUUCUCAGAAACAUUCGCUAGUAAUGAAAGAAGAGAAUUCUUCAGCGAAAUAAAUCGAACAUUUUGGGGGAAAAUGAAGAGAAACAGGUGGUUUAAUGGGCAUUGUCUGAAGUAUUCAUAUCGAAGAACCCUAUACUGCAACAUGGACUCAACGAAAUUUUUGCAAUAGCGCAAACUGCUAUUUACGUUUACGGCAAGGAAGCUUCGAAGGUCAAAAUUUAACAAAAAUGUUGCAUGUAUUUUAUGUCGACCUGGGGAGUACGUACACUUUUGAAAUGGAGCUGGCAAUGGAAAGGUGAGAGAGGAUUUUAUAAUGUUGUACAACUGGUAGGGAAGACUUUUUACUUGGCAUAUGUUAGGUCACUUACGUGCUCAUCGAAACGUGACCAAACAAGUUUGAUCAAAACUUAUGACGAAGUUAUGUUUAACUGUCUUUUAUUCUCUCUGUUUUGACAGUCCUGGUGCUGGCUGAAGCAGUUCAUGUCCCGGUUGUAAAAUAUUUCAGUAUGCCAUGAAUGAACGACAUAUAAAUGAUUAAUUUAGGUGUUAUGUAUGUUUGCUUUAGUUUACAUCCAGAACCCAGUAAUAAUUGUAUGUGUGGAUACAAUAAUCAAUGAUAUAAAAUGCAUUUUUGAGGCAAAAUAUUUCUCUCCCAAAGGACAUACUGAAAGGUGAAUUUCAAAAACUUCCCUAUGUCAGAUCUGAAAAUAGAACUUCAAAAAGGGAAAAUACAUUGUGUAUGAUAAUACCAUAGCCAAUGAUUGACUAUGGUAUUAAAACACAUGUUUUUAUUAAUCCAACAUGGCAUUUGUGCAUUGACAUGCAACAUGAAGUAGAAUUAGUGGAACUUUGAGUGCUGCCAAGUGAAGAAGGAUGUGCUGUCUUGUCAUACACAACAGAAUUUCUAUGCAUUCAGUGGGAGUAAUUGUAGAAAAUGCGGCAAUUGAAUAGUUGCUAUGAUGAGUAAUCAAGAUCGGAAGAAAAAAAUUUGCUUUUUAUUUUAUGAUGAUGCUUUUCAGGAUUUUAAAUCAACUGUCAAGGCUUUAUUGGAUUUUUGAUUCCAUAUUAUAGUUUGUGACUCUGAUUUUGGCCUGACAGUUUGGACAGAGAACAUUUAGAAACUGGUCUAAUUCAGUCUAUUUUUGCUGGAGAUCAUUCAUCUUCUAAGCAGAUGAACUGGGGUGUUGUUGGCAGUUUCAAACUCUGGAAAUAAAAAAAAAACCUAAACAACUGCCUUUACCAGACAAAAGAGUUGAAUCAAUGUUGAUUCGGAGGGAUUAGUAACUAUCCCAGCUCCUUCAUUUACCCAAGGUUGAGAUAUGUGUUCUUUUAAACAGUGUUCAAGUGCUGAUGAGUACAGUGGCUGCUGAAACAGGGAUCCCAGAGGAUAAACAAGUCUUGUUAAUAUCUAAUGGUGAAGCAUUGGAUCCCAGAGAAAGAGUCUACAGUUAUAACAGUGCUGGCACUGUAAGUACCAGUGGUGUAUUCUGGUUCUAGAUUUAUCUUUUCAGAAUCAAUGUUCACCUUGCAGCUAGUGAAUUUCAUUACUUACUUUGCAAGGCUUUAGGAGUCCUAUGCACGUAUAUAGGGGAUGUAUUAGAGAAGGGGCAUGAUAUACCAGGGGAAUUAGCUUAUAAAAGCACUAACAGUGUUUCAUUACAAACCAAGCGAAAUCUUGUGUCAGUAUACUUUUGUUUAUUGGAUGUUUCAGAUAAACCUUUUCAGCAUCAUUACUUACACAAAACCAGAAUGUAAUUGAGCCCCAUGCACCAAGGCCUAGACUAAAAAUGUUGGAUUAGCUAAGGAUGUUCUAACACAAGGUUUCUGUUUUAGGAUACCAACCCAAUAUUUUUGUUCAGCAAAUCCACCAUUGAGUCCUCUAUUCCACCAUCUCCCAGUCUUAACUUAGGUUCAGGUAAGUACUGAGUCACUUUUCAAUUUACAGGCAGUAAUUUAACCCUUGCACUCUCAAGAUCUCUUUAGAAAUUCUCCUUACUGUCUGUCAUACAAUUCUUAUGGUGUCAGUGUAGAGAAUUUGGUAUAUAGGAUCAACCAAUACCCUGCAGAUUGAUAUUCUCAUCUCUUGUCUCCUUGAUAUUAUAUUAAUAUUGUAAGGAGAAAUUCUGUUUUGGUCACUCAUGGGAGUAAUUGGGAAUCGGGAAGGGGGUGUUAGAUAUAUUUUGUUAUUAUAUGUAGUAAUGAUUACAGAUCGAUACUAAUGAUAUUUGAUUAUUUUUUGUAGAGGCAAAUUUGAAGGAGCAAGUGGAAAAAUCUUUGAAUUUACCACCCACAUAUGAAACUCUUGUAUCCAGAACUCAGCUAGCAUCUGUAUGUUCUCUGAAGAUUUUGUAGUGAAUAAAAACUGCCAGAUAUGUUGCAUUGAGUAAAUAGCAACCUAUGUUCUCAGCAGACUCUUUUAUUAAUUGAAAGAGACACUAGUGAGAGUAAUAUUUGGAUAUUUGACAAUAAAACAGAAAGGUUUCACUUUUAGUGAUAUGUGUAUGCAUUUAUUUGAUGAUAUGCUGUCCUUCUUACUUGCACCCUAUCUAAUUAGACUUUAUAUUUUACUAUAAUUUUGAUCGCUUUUUACACUUGUUACUAAAUUAAUAGACUCGUAUGCAUUUUCUUUUCUUUAUUUUAGGAAUUCUAUUCACUUUCCAUACAAAUUGCAGAGAGCUGUGAAAAUCUAGUGUGUGAGCAAAAGCUGCAACAGAAAGGAUGGGCAGCAGUUGUUGCAAAUUUGGAGAGUAUUGCUAGGUAUUUUUCAAAACAAAAAAAUCCUUCCACCUAUAUUGUACUUUUGAAGCCUCUUUACAUAUAUGUUGUAGUUUAAAAUGAAUCUCAGGUCAAUAUGGCUUUAAACUAGUUUAAUUUCUCUUUCCCUUUGUUCCUGAUACAUUAUCACAAUAAUCCUUGACCAAAGAAAAACACUAUUCAAACAAGUUUGAAUUCAUUUUAAUAUGAAACGUGCAUCCUAUGGAAGCAAAUUAGACACCCUAAACUGAAGCAAGUACUUUAUGGGAAUGUGUCAGAAUAAGAAUUCUAUUUUAAAUCAUUUGUAAGCAAUUUAGAACACAGUUAGAGUCUUACACUUACAAGUAUGCAUUAAAAGUACCUUAGCUGAACUGAUUUUUAAUAAUUUUUAUGUGAUACUUUCAUCUUAAUGUUCAACUUUUGUAACUUGCCUGUCUUUCUUUUUAAAUAAAAUUUUUCACCAGUGAGUUCAAAGCCAGAUCAAGUAGUGUUAAUCAAAUCUACUCAGAGUUUCUGGAUUCAAGGACGAGAUAUAUUGAGUUACUUGACAGGUAUGCAAAGCAGAUGUAAAUUUUCCUCCCAUUAAUUUUAGUUUGUAGAUAAACCAUUUGUCCUCUACUUUAUCACAAGAAAACUGAAAGCUACUUAAUGAUUUUGUAGGUUCAAAGAGAUCUUGCCUCUACUGGCUAGAAUACCUGUACUCCCAUGCCUCAUUUCAAGGCAGUUUUCCCAAGCUAGACAACAUAAUGUGGUUAGUCUGCUGGAUUGGAUAAGUGCACAGGUAAAUACAGCUGUUUGAAGCCCCUAUAAUAAAGUGUUUUUUUUUUUAUUCAUAAGUGCAACAAAGCAAAAAAUGUCCUUUUGUAUUUUAUUUGAUCCAACGAUAAAAUUUGCCUUCUGAUCAGAUUUCUUGAAACUUACAAUAAUAGCGGAGCUUGCAGAGCGUAGCCCCAUAAUUAUACAAAAUAGUAGUAACCCAUCAGGCCAAAAAAAUUUGGAUGUACGAUGGUACUACCAACCGCACAAGGUGCUACUUUUAGCAUGUGCAGCCAACUGUACCACAGGCGCUAUCUUAUAAUCAGUCCUCUACUCAGACACGGAGAAGUUGCAAAUGAAAAUCCAUUAAUAUUACCAUGCACUUUAUCCAUAGUAGGGACUUAAGUUUUGUUGAAGAGGCAUGCAGGAAAAAAAAUGCGAGCUCCACUUUUAGGCUUGUCUAAAUGUAUAUAUUAUUUAUUAGCCAGUAAUUACAGCCCUGUUUUAGUAUAUAUUCCUUGGAAUGAGAAACAGAGGUGUAAUUACAGCAGGCUGUAUUGUGCUCUAGUUUGAGAUGUCCAGGUGCAAGUUCUGGCUUAGUUAUUGUGUUUGGCAAGGGUCUUUAUUCUCUCAGUUCCUUUCUCCACCCUGGAAUAUGGUUGAAUACUAGUGAAGCACUAAGAAAGCCUAUAGGGGUAGGGGAGUGGAGAGGGGAGGGAUAAGGGGAGGGAGGUGAGGAAGGAGAGGGGAUGAUGGAUCAGAGUUCCAUGAUCAUCAAGGGCAAGAAAACAAUUCCUAACUACAUCAUGCUAAAAUUAUCAUGGUAAACCCUAAUAAUGGGAACACCUUUGCCUGUGAGCAGAUUAAACUUGUUUACUUUGUGGAUUGUCAGGAUUUUUUUAAAUCUACAUUUCACUACGAUUCAUUAACUAAGAAGUAAAGAAAGCAAAAGACUUGAGGCUCUCCAGUUGAUGCUAUUAUGCUAUGCAUGAUUUUACCAAAUGGCAAUGAGUAAAUUGUCUACAUGCACCUAGGUUACCCUUUCUCUCUUGGUAGGACAACAAGAAUAGUCUUCAGGAUAUGGUCAAACAGUGUAUUGAGGCAGUGGAGCAGUUUGACGAAUCACAUCUGACUCAAAUUACUACAGAAGUAAAUCAGGUUUUAGGUAAGAAUAAACCCCAGGUCUUAAUACUUCCUGAUUGCAACUGGUUCAUUUACCUAUUCUUUAUUUGAAAGAUGAAGUUGCCCAAUGGCUUGUGCCAAGUGCUUGACUCUUGGUUGAAAGGUCUGAGUGCAAUGGAUGGCUAUGCUAAGGUGUAGUGUUCUUAACCAGGACAAUUUACUCUUAAACAUGAGUGUUUACAUUCUCCACACUGUUCUCAUUACGUUUUCUAUGAUGAUGAAAAGGAGAAUAUGUAUAAAAUGAUUGAAUUUGUUUCAUGACCUUAAUGUUUUGUUACUGUAAGGAGAGAUGAGAUGAUACUCACUUUUUAGGGUUAAAGAGUUAAGGAGCCACACAUCACUUGGAGGUGUAUGGAUAUUGGCAUUUUGUCAGGGAAGUGUGAUAAAAUGCUGGGAGGUAACCUUGGGAUGGACUACCAUCAUAUUCAGGAGGGAGUCUCAAUGCACAAAGUCACUUCAUGGUACUGAAAUAGGGAAAAGCUUUGGAUGGAUUGGCCUUCUGGCUCAGAAGCUUUCCAGGGCUUUAACCUUUUAACUCCCAAGAACUGAUUGUUAAUCCUUGCCUCUAGGAGCUACACAUUUUUUUUAAAAUUAAUUGGGAGAAUUUGGCUUUUGAUCAAGAUAUCAACAUCCACCUGUUUUAACUUAAAAGUUUGAGUAUUCCCAUUACCUGUUUGCUGGGUAAUGUAUGGAUAUUAUUGGGAGAAAUUUGUUAAUGAUGUCUGGGAGUCAACUAAAAGGUCAACUAAGCUCAUCACUGUGUGUUUUGAGUAUGGUUUUGAGAAUGUAAGGUCUCAAUAGCUCCAGGAUUCCCUUUGAAUUCUAACAGACAUAACCUUAUCCCCUUCCUUUUGACAUUUCCCCAAAUCAAAACAGAGUCGCUUGAUAAUACAAACAUGAAAGAAAUCAAAGGAUUGGAUGAAAGACUAGCUGGACUUCAACACAUUCUUCAGAAUGUGCAAGCCUUCUGUCAGUCCCAAGCAGACAUGUCACAGGGUCUGCAACAGAAUUUGACAAGUGUUCAAAAUGUUGGCCGUGACCAGUCAGUUCUUCAUGAUCUAUGUGCCAGCCACCAAAAACAGCUUUUGAUGUUGACAAAGAACCACUCCUAUUUGAGGUUUGUAGUAAUAUAUUAUUCCAGUGUUUUGAGCUAUUUUUCCCUCAGGAUUAUCAGUGACAUAAGUCAAGAAUAAAUUUCAUGUAGCAAGCAUAGUUAGUCCUAAAAAGAAGGGUCACUUUAUUUUUUUUAAUUUAAAAAUCUGUGAAAGCUUUUGAAAAUAAUUGAAACUUAUCAGUGAAAGGGUCUGUUUAGUAAAUGGUGCAGAGAAUUUUUGAAGAAAGGGAGUAUUUUAGUGACAUACUACAAAACACCUAUCAAGUAAAUAAAUGGUGUGGAAUAGAACAGACCACUCAGGUAAAAAUAAUGUGGUCAUGCUUUCAGCUUUGUCCCUGCCCUGUUAUUUUUACUUCUCCUUAAAUCAGUAGAGCAAUCUGUGUUUUUUCCCCAUUUCUAGAUUAAACUAACAAUAUAUGAUUAAAAGGGUUCAUUCAACAAUCAUUCAUCAAAGUCAAAAUGAGAUCCUCGGGUAGAUUAAAAAGGGAAAAUGAUACAAUUUCUGACUAGUCAUACUGCACAAUACAGUUACACAGCAAUUAUACUGUAUUAUUUUAUGAUAGUAUUAUUUUUCCUUUAAUUUAACAUCAGGGAUAUCAGGAAAAAAUGUGCCAAAGCCAAGGAUGAGUUGUCUGCUAAUCUCCACACCAGAUUAAGGUAUGUGGUUGUCUCAUGAAGAAAAAAAAAAAUGUUAAUAAAAACUAAACUUAUGAUAAUUGUUAUCAUAGUUUCGUGAAAUAUAUGAAAAAACUUUUUGCUUUGAAUUGUAGAGCUGGUUAUUUCAACAAAGCUCAGCCUAAGUUUAGUCAUGUUCUAAACCCUCUGCAAUUUCAUGAUAAGUUUGAAUGUUGAGUUUUAAGAAUACUUUUAUCAAAUAUGGAAAGAUUUUAGCUGAGUCUGGAAAACCCUUUUUUUUUUCUUUUUUUUCUUUUUCCACUUCAAAAAAAUAAUGUCAAAAGAAAUCUUAGGUGUUUUGAUUUUCUAACACUGUGGCUCAAGUUAAACAAUGUUUAACUUUUACCCCAAAACAUCAGUAUGCAUAUUUUCCCUACUGCUCUCCAUACAUUUUUUAAUGUACUAAAAAGGAGAGUUUGUUUGAUAAUCAGGAGCUUCUGUAGUUGGUGAUCAUUUCCCUUUAUUUUUGUUACCUUAAUGUGUGAUUCAGGGGAGAAUUUAGCUGCUAGUCACUCUUAGGUUCAGCCCUAAAUUCUCUACAAGUCACAAAUUUCAUUUUUAAUUGAUGCUGAUCAAAAAUCCUGUCUCAUUUAGAUGGAUUAUGUAUGUUGAGAAGAAAAUUUGUGAUUGCGAUGGAACCAUCAUCUUGUACCAUGAAAAUAUUAGAAGAAUAAAGCGAAGGUAAGCAAAAUUUGAUGAUUUACAAAUCUUUUUUGUUUUUAAUGAUAAUAGUUAAUUUGUUUUAGAUUGGAGAUUAUUGAACAAGUGAACGAGGCACCACGCAUGUACAUCCUAGCUGUUGCAGAAGUUGUGAGACGAAGGUCAUUUUCUUCACAAUUUCAAAAGGUAAAAAUUCAUGCUGAAUUACUCUAUGUUCAUAAGUAAUUUUGUAUUUUUCUGAAAUUAAAUUUUCAAGAUCUUGUCAAUCCUUUUGUUAAUAAUUUUCUUUUUUCAGUGGGCGAGUAAAUUAUGUAAGAGCUCAUUAGAAGCAAGGACAGAGGAAACAGCACAGAGAGAGGAAUUUGAGUUGCUCUUUGGUUAGUAAAAACAUGUUGCCUGUUCUUUUGUUUCAAACUUGCUAUUAUAUGUCAAUUAGGUGCAUGACAUGUAUGUUACAUUACCAGAAGCAAAAGAAACUAUAAUUUAAAUCAAACAUUGAGAAUUGAGUUACCACAUCUAAAUGAAAUAGCUUUCUUUUAUCUUGAAAGUGUGGUGUGUAUUUAUUAUUCAUCAAGAUUUGCUAGACAUAAAUUUUAAAGUAUACUAAACUUCAAUCUAGCCUUUUUCAAAAUUUAUGUACAUCUAUGAAACUAUUGAAAUAUCAAUAAUCACCACAAUUUUUUUCAUAUUUUUCUAGGCCAGCAUUUUUUACAAAGUUUGUUCAGUGGCUUGUCUGACAGGCCAUCUAUAUUUGCGGUAUGUUUUCAGUCUGUAUUGCCCAUCAGAAAUGCUUAUUUAUCUAUUUUACACAUAAAUUAAUCCCUAUUAUUAAUAUUAGUUUGUCAUUUGAUGUUGUUAGUUCUGAGAAUUUGGUAUUGGAUCAAUACCAAAUCAACUCCCAAGAUCUUAUCAAUAAUUCUUCCUUACUGUCUGUCAAACAAUUCAUGUGUUGUUAGUUCUGAGAAUUUGGUAUUGGAUCAAUUAGAAAAUCCCCUAAUUGAUAUUUUUGUUUAUUCAUAUCACUUGUCUGCUUGAUUUUGUAUUGAUUUUGUUAAGAGAUAUUCUGUCCUAGUUACUCAUGGAGCUCAAGGGUUAAAACAAUCAUUAAUGCUUAUUAACCUUCUUUUUGUAGGAAAAGCCACCCAGACCUUUUGAUGAACAGCUUCCAGUCAUAUCUGAAAAUGACCUACAAGAAUUGAAAGAUCAGAUUCCAGAGCUAGCUUCUUAUCUGGAGUCUAGUUCAGUCAAUGUCAGCAUGGGAGAGGAGGGUGCAAAAAACAGUUUUUUACAAUCAGAAGAACUUGAAAAUGUUAGCAGUGUUGCUCAAUUUCCUGCAGAAUUUGACAGAACUAGUGAUAGUAUUACAGAUAAGAAGGUGACAUCUUCAAUUGUAGACAUGUCUUCUUCUGAAAGCAAAGCUACCCAAAUGAGUGUGGAUGCUUCAUCAGAAAUUCAAUGGACAUGUAGUGGCAAUCAGAACACUCCUGGACAGGAAGGGAGGCAAGGUGCAACAGAAAACUACUGUACUCAGGAUACUGCAGAGACCACUGAGGAUUUUCAUGAUAGUAACUCUAGUGAGAGGAAGAAAAGUAACAGUGAUACUUCUUCAGAGAAAAGCUCAGCAGCUGAUGAUAGUGACCUAGUUUUUCGUUCAGCACAUGAGGAUUAUGUGACUGUUAUUGAUGCAGAUUUAGAAGUUAAUUUCAAUGAGAAGGAAAUCUCACCUGAUCUACAACCUGUGGGUGAAGUUCAAGAAGACUGCACUGGGCUGCUUGAGGAAGCUAGUCAAACACCAACUCUGGCUAGUUCUGGAACUCAGAGCACUGAAAGAUCUAUUGAUGUUUCAGCUUUAGAUUCUGGAAGCCAGGAGCUGGAGACAACUACUCUGUCAAUUCCAAACGAUGUGGUUCAAAGAUUGCAACAGCUACAAGAUCAGUUAACAUCAACACAAGAAUCUUGGGAGGAGGCUAUUUUGAAAAAAGAGACAUUUAAACAAUUGAACAUGAAGGUCAAAGAUUGUGUGAAGGAUGAGCUCAAUUUUUUGCGUCAGGGUCUGAAUGAUGCUAAAGGACUGUUAAUAGAGUUGCAAUCAAAGAUGAAGGAGGAUGUUUUACUUGCUGUUGGCAAUUUAAAAGAAAAAGGGGAUUUGUGUGGCAAACACAUGCAAAAAACUAAAGAGGAGUUUGAAGUAGAAUCGGUGCAAAUGAAUGCAAAGUUUGAGAAAGAAAAACAAGAAUUCUUAGAGAUCAAAAUUAGACUUGAGCUUGAAAAAAAUGAAAUUCUAGAUCAACUAAAACAACUGAAAGCUGACAAGGAAAGAAAUGAAUCUCAACAUAAAGAAGAAACUGAAAAGUGGAGUGAAAUUGUGACAGAGUACAAAGCCAAACUGGAAGAACAUGAAGGUGCAGCACAGAAGGUUCAGGAAAACAAGUCACGCUAUGAGGAAGAUCAGCAAAUACGAUUUAAUGCCAUAAUGAUGAAACUGAAGAGGGAGAAAGAACAUGCUGUUUUACAGGCACAAGAAAAAAUUAAAGAGUUGAAACAGUUACUUGAACAACAGGAGAAAGAUAUGAAGUCCUUAGCAAUGGAAAAAGACAGGAUGAUAGAAGAGUUUGGACAAGCACGCAGUGCUUUUUGCAAAAGAGAACAGGAGCUUGUGGCAGGUAGUGUUUUUUUUUUUUACAAUUUUGUUUGUAGUCUAUUUACUGCAGUGUGGGAUAAGAUGCUAAAAGUCACUUCAGCCUUGGAAAGCGCCAGUUAACCAUUUAACUCCUAAGAUUUGAUUGUCAAUUCUCCUUUCUAGCUGCUAUGCAUUUUCUUGUAAAUUAGUGACAAGCAUUUGGUGUUAGAUUAAGAUAACAACUUCCAACUGUUAAGACUAUUCACAUAACAUGUUUGCUGGACAAUGUAUGGAUAUUUUAGGGAGACAGUACGUAUUGACCACUUUUUGUGUUAUUCCAUGUAAUUGAAAGCUUAGAGAUAUUCUGAUCUUUCUUGUUAUUUCAAAUGAAUUCCCUUUGUUGGGAAAUAGAAGCUGUCAGAGUUGAUUCUCGAGUUCUAACUAUUUCUAGGAUUCUUUGAAAUUUUCCCAACAACCUCCAUUGAGUGUUUUACUCAAGUUUAUAAUACAGGGAUCCCAACCAGGGCUUAUGCCUGCACCUCUAUGGAGAUAUUCCUGUGCCUGCAGUCAUGAGGCAUUUCAUCAUUAAAUUAAAAAACCUUUCCUUUCACACCAGUUAUUUAAAAUACUUUUUGGAAAUUCUCAUGUUCAGCUCUUCAAGACAAAGAAUCCAGUAUUCUGAAUUCAGACAUCCUAAUGAAAAACAAAGAGGCUGAAUUCUUAGAGCAGAUUGAACAGGAGAAAGCAUCAGCACUGGCAUUGCUGCAAGUUGAACGACAAGUGUGGGAAGCAAAUAGAGCGCAAGGGUUACCAGGGAAACAUAAAGAAACUGAGUGAGUCAGAGAUGAAUGUAAUCAUACUGGGCUAUUAGUUACCGAGAAGUUAACAUCUGGCCCUUGUUGUUCAAACAGUGGAUAACACUAUCUACUGGAUGAAUCUCUAUCUAGUGGAUAGUUCAGUACAGUUUGUUGACACUUAUUCGCUGAAAAGCAAUAUUGAUUCAUUGGAUAGCGUUAGCUGCCCUUUGAAAAACUGGGUCAGGUCUUCAGUUGGGACUAAAACACAGCCAUUCGUUGGAGUCAGUUCGUGAUAUUUACUCAAUUGUGAGAUGUUCUCUUGAAGAUGAUAGCUCUCUGGGUGUUGACACUUGAGCAAAGGGGAAUUUUAUUAAUUAUUAGGCAUAAAGGUGUAAGUAAUAGUCUGUUAUAAUCUUACAUCAUAACCACUGUUUGCAGGUGUGGUACUGAUGCUGUGCUUGAGGAGGAUGAUCAACAGAAGAUGAAAUUCCUGGAAGAGGUGAUGAACUCUUCAUUAAGAUGUCAUGUUAAAAUCACCAAAUUCUAAGUCACACUUCUUUAAAUGUUGUUCCUGUGCAUACUUUUUGGUACUACAAAUUUUUAAUUGAUGUCCUUAAUUUGUAUUUAAAAUAAGGAGGUUCAAGUGUCAUAUAGAUGACAGACCUUAUUGCAAUUAACAUUUCAUUUUACAGGAAAACAAAACGCUGACUGAAACGUUGUCAGAGCAAACUGUGGACAAGUUUGGUCAGCUGAAACAAGUGAGUCCAAAAAGUGAAGCAUUUAGUUAGUUAUUAUAUAUAUAAUGGUGGAUAUAUAAAAUGGAAAGAUGGAUAUUUAAAAUGGAUGUAUAAAAUAACUCUAUGUUAGUGUAUCGAGUGUUAUGUUGUUUGCACCAAUGCACCAAUCAGAUCACUGCGUUAGGUUACAUAUCUCACACUAGUCAGAUCACCCCAUGAGGGUAUGCAUUUUACACCAAUCGGAUUCACUAACAUGAGAGAACCAGGAAAGAUCUUGAAAAUAUAUUUAUAUUUUACAGGCUCUGGAGUCAAAAGAGCAACAGAUUAAACUUCUUCAGCAACAGCUAGUAAGUAAACUAACCUACCUCUUUCAUCUCCCAGAUUCUAAUAUCACCUCUCCUUACCGUUUACAGUACAUUUUUUGGUAGGGUAGCUCUAAGAAUGUGUUGUUGAAUCAAACAAAACCCACCCUACUUUAUGACCCAUAUAGCCACAUACACACUUUUAUUGAAAAAAAUGUGACAAAAAAUACUGUAUGAGGGCCAUAGGCUGGGGCAUGAGCAGGGCCAAAGGCUCUGGCAUGAGCAAGGCUAUACCAAGACAUAUGGCCCUGAAAGCUGUACGCUGAAAGAAGAAUAGAAAAAAAUGGAGAAGGACAAUCACAUGUUAAAAUCCUUAUGGGCUGACAAGAGGUCCAUGAGUCAUGACUUUAAGCCAUGUAUAUUCCUAUCUGUCCCUCCCACUCAGUCAUUAAGUAUAUAUAAAAAAGUAAGGAGCUUAAAAUAAUAAAAUUAUUUGUCAGUUCUUGGAGUGGAUGGGUUUAUGUACUACUGUAUUAAUGACGAUGAGUGGUAUCAUAUAGGGAAUAAGCAUGCAAGAAUGAUAUUUUCUUCAAGUAGCAAUAUCAUGUAUUUGUUCAUUUAUAUUUACAGAAUCAGAUAAAACCACCGGGUGGAGCAAGUGCAGUAUCAUCAAAGAUGGAUAAAAUCUCUCUGAGAGAGUAAGAAUUGGUUCUAAAUUUGGUUAUGGAAUAAAAUUUUUUUCCACUUUAGAUAAUCUAGGAUUACAAGUGGGUGCUGACAUCAUAAAAUCCUAGGCUAGGAGUGGUGUUUUUUCUUAGCUUAGUUCAUUUCACAAGUCAAAUUGAAUUAUCUUAAAAAUGAAUUGUAUCAACAGCAUUACUACUCAGUCAUCAGUGUUUACAUUGUGACUUGACUUACUUGGUUAUAAGCUUCUGGCUCAACUCAGUAUAGUAAGUGAUCUUUUGGACUUAGCUGGGAAAGAGGGACUGUUCUUAUUGGAAGCCACAUCCAGGGGGUAGAAGCGAAACAGCAGCUCGUUAGUGUUAACAUUUCCAACUUUAAGAUUAAAACUCUCAAUAACAUAAAUGUAUCUUCACCAUGUGUUGUUUUUUUCCCCACAGCUUUCAAAGUGGUGAUAUGAUUCUUCUCGUAUUUGAUGAACGAUAUGAGAACUAUGUAGCUUUGAGUACAGGACCAACGUUGUUCUUUUUACACCCAGACUCAAUGGCAGGAUUAGAUCUUGCAACAAGUGAGUAUUGAGCAGGGUGGUCUUUCUGACCUUUAGCCUAAGAGGCUGCUGAUAGUAGAAGAAGUGAUUAACAUGUAACUUCUCCCUAUAAUAUCCAUGCAUUAUUUAGGAAACAGGUUAUGAGAAUACUCAAACUUAGACAGGUAGAAAUUGUUUUCUUGAUCUAUCACCAAAUUCUCCAAACUAAUGUACAAAGGAAUGAGUAGAAGCUAGAGAGGAGAAUUAACGAUGAUAUCUUGGGAGUUAAGGGGUCAACCAGCUUUUGAAGAACUCCUCUUGGUGUUUAAUGAAGCUUACUCAUUUUGUUUGACAGUAACAUCCACUUUUGAGCAUUGUGUUUUAAAACAAGUUUCACUAAUAUUUAAAUUGGUGACAAAUAUUUUUAGAGGAAACUGCUGCUUUUUGUUUAAAGGAUAUAACAAUAGCACUUUUUCUGAUUUUCCUUUUCCCUCUUCCUUUUUAGGUGGCCCUAAAAAACGGUAAGUUUCAAAUUUUGUUGAUUUAUUUUCCCCCUUGUUAAGUUAUUUAUAUUGCUCUUAAGAUUUUUUCAGUUGAUUUGAACACAACCUGUUCAACAAACAAAUAAUCCUAUUUGAACAUGGUGGAAACUUAAACUGUUUUUCCAUUUCGAUUCUUAGACCAUGGAUGCUUGCACAGAUGACUGAUAAAGAAUACUGUCAAGCUAAAAAGGUAGAGUUAUAGGUUAAUACUUGUUAUGAAAGCUGCUUUGACCAUGAAUCAAUCACUAUUGCUGAAAUAUUUUAUGGCAGUGAGAAAUAGGAAAUAUUUAUUGGUCUAAACUAAUUCUUUUUGGAAGGUUUCCUCAAAUCCCUCUCGAAGUUUUCAUUACAUAUUCUCUGCCUUAAUCUUUACUGCUCAAAGCAGUGCUGACCUUAUAAAUAGGAAUGCCUGAAUGAUUAUUAUCCAUUUUGAUUAUCCUUGAAUUUCAGCUCAGAUGCAUAGUAGGUACCACCCUCAUGUUUAGCUUCAUUCAUGAGAUCAUGGAAAUGAUCACAACCUGAAGAGGCUUCUGAUUGUUAAAAAAUUCUCUUCCCUUUCAGUCCCCUAAGAACUGUGUAGACAAUGUCAUGAAGAAUAUGCAUACUGAUGUUAUGGAGUUAAGGGUUAAUCUGAUUGGUAACAUUAUACCUAACCAAAAUCUUCUUUUCAUUCCUCAUUUUUAGCCACACAACAGGUUUCGAGUUCCUGUAGGAACAAAGUUCUACAGAAUUCAAGCCAAACCUUGUGAAUUGUGA